CGGAAAUAAGAAAAUACAAAUAUUUUGGCAAUUUUAGGUAUGCAUAGACAAUAAUCAAGAAAGGACAAUGAUACGUUGAGCAUAUCUCAUGCGACGCAGCACGAUUAUUACAUGUGGCGUUUCAUUCACACAUUCGCGCUUCAUUCGUGGGCGUCCUUACGGACGUAUCAGCAGACGUUCUGCAUAUCGUCAUCGUAUGGUAGCAAGUGAAGAUGGCUAAUGUGUUUACCUGUUUACACUGACUUGGUCAUCAUGAUUUGCGAAACUAUAGAACUAGAACUACAACGGAAUAACACACAGCGUGUAAAUUGACCGCACUUUCAGGUGGAGGAGUAGUUAAAGCACAGUUAUGAUUAUUCAAGAAAACAUAAUCUGAGUCAGCGGCUCAGCAUCUCUAAAUUCGUUGGCCAUGUGGUAACUAGUUGUAGGGGGCAAGAGCCUUUCUUUCGACUUGAAGUAAGCUACUUGCACGGCGAGAAAUGAAGGGAACACACUUUAAUGUGGUAGAGGGCUCGGGCUCGUCUUCAACAAUAACUUAGAUGCUCUAGGCCUACGAAACGUUAAGCCGCUGCCACCAAGUCGGUUCAGCGUUAAAAUUAAUGUUUAAAGACAAUGUAAUGGUCUGUUGUGCUGUACUGUUACACAGGCUGUCUUGACAAGUCACUUACACCAGUGUAUGCUGCUGUUGAGAGUAUGUAAGCCGCUGCCGGCCCCAUUCACGCAGAGGAGGAUGCAGGUGACGGGGUGAAGGUGGAGAUGGAUGAAAAAGUGUGCGCUGUUGACUCAGCGGACGGAGAUGACAAACGUUCAACACGGGAUAUGGCCCAGUGCCUGGACAACCACUCUGACAUGAACUCCUGUGAUUCGGAGCACAACCCAUCGCCCACGUCAUCACCUUCUCUAUCACCAGAUGUCUCGUCCAUCCAACGCACCCGCACCAACGGCUCGCAGCAGCACCUGCCCAGCCUGCAGUGUCGCGAGUGCUGGGAGUGCGGCGAGUCCUUCCCGACGCUGCACGACCUCCUGGCCCACUUCCGGGGCCACCAGACCUCAGGCCACUGCCACCUCUGCCAGGUGACCUUCCGCCUGGGCACGUCGCUGGCCCUGCACCUGGAGAACGCCCAAAGCCACAGCCACAAGUCGCUCCUGUGCCCCAACGACGGGUGCGGGACCGUGCUCAGGAACCGGUGGCACCUGAACCAGCACUUGGAGACGUGCCAGGCGAGUAAAAGUGUGGAACAGGAAAUUAUGGUGGAAGAAGAGGAUGAGGGGGAAGAGGAAGAUGAAGAGGAGGAGGAGGAGGAAGGGGAUGGGGAGGGGGAAGAAGUAGAGAACGAUUAUGACCACACCUACUGCAGCAGGCUUCAGCCACCCAGUCCAAACGGCUUGAGUCUGACAUGCAACGUCACCAACACCUCUGCCACUCAGAGGAAAAGCCAGACUGACGUGUUGUCCAAUGCACAGCAAGUACAUGUGGAAACUAGUGUGGGUCAGAUAAAGAUGGAGGUCGAGGAGGUGUUGGUGAAGGAGGAGGAGAUGUCUGAGGAGGAGGAGGAGGAGGUGUUUAAAGAGGAGGCGAUGCUUCAGGAGCAGCAGCAGGAGGAGGAGGAGGAGGUCGUGGAGGAGGAAGAGGUCGUGGAACAGGAGGAGGUCAUGGAGGAGGAGGCAGUGGAGGAGAAAGAGGAGGAGGAGAUCGUGGAGGAGGAGGUAGAGGUCUUUCUGGACGCACCCGACGAAGACGGCCACGAUCAGAAGUUUUUUGAGGAGGAAGUGGAUAUUGGUGAUGAAUCUGACAUGUCGAGCUCAACAGAGGAGGAUGCUGAAACGGACAGAGGUUUUGAUCACCACAACAGCGACGCAGAUGAUGGUGAUGAAGAUUACGUCCCAGACGAGCAAGACUCCCAGAGCUCCUCUUCCGAGUCGGACUCGACAUUGUCCUCUGACGGCUUCGAGUACAACGAGUAUUUAAAGAGCAACAUGUACAUGCCGUACAAAACGCUUGUGGACACGAGGAAACCGGUGUUCUGCAGCACAGAGAAAGGUCGCAAGUGUCCCCACUGUGGCCUGGGCCCCUUCCUGGACUUGAAGCCCCACAUGACUCGCUGCUGCCUGAGGGGCCCGGACAAGUGCAUGAAAUGCUGGAAGGCGUACGGCUACAAGAUGGACUUCAUCUGUGUGCUCUGCAAGAAGAAAUUCCCCGACUGGGACUCCGGUAAGGACCACGUCUGCCCUGCCAACGGUGAGCCAGCAGGGUCACACUUCGCAAGCAUCACCGGCAGCCAGCCAGCACACUCAAAGCAACUAGCAACAUCAGCAGCAGUAGUGGCAGGAGCUGGGUCCUUCUCUUUGCUCAACACUGCCCAGUUUAACAAAAUCGUCUCUUUGCUGCCUCCUGGUGUGAUUUACACGCAAGCGCAACCUACCAUAGUAACACAAACUGUGCCCUCUAUUGGUUUCACUGUGGUCAGUAACAACAGCAACAGGGUUGUAAACAUGGUCAAGCCAGCGAGUCCCUUGGUUGCUCAGUCUGCUGCCCUCGGAGGUUCCAGUGGCCCCCAGGUGGUGAAAAUGAUCCUACCCCAAAACAAAGCGACCGCUGAGGGUUUGGUCGUCCACGGAAACAGUAACACGGCUGUUCCUGUGUCACUGGCAACGGUUUGCAGCAAAGGUGUGACUCUUUCUUCUGCCUCUACACAGGGAACAAAGCAGGACAUUGUGAGGCUCAGCACCCAGGGAACCAAUCAGAUUCUGGGGCCUAGCAGCCACGGAGCCAAUGCUGUGGGGGCCCCUCCGAUAGUCUUCGGGCUGGCUGGGCACGUGCCCCCGUCUGCAGCGUCCAACGCGGCCCAGCUUGUAGAACGGCAGCAUGGAGCAACUACAGCCAUACUUUUUGGGUGUCAACCAUCUGAUCAGCCACCAAUGGCCACAACACCACAGAGUCAAAGCCUAGCUAAAGUGGACCCACCAGUGCCCUCAGCACUGCAGAGCCAAGCCCUAGCACCACAGAGUCAAUUCCCAGCACCACUGUGUCAGCCCCUAGCCAAGGUAGUUCCGCUAGUACCCUCAGCUCAGCAGAGUCAAGCCCUAGCACCACAGAGUCAGCCCCUAGCCAAGGUGGUUCCGCUACUACCCCCAGUACCACAGAGUCAGCCCCUAGCCAAGGUGGUUCCACUAGUACCCUCAGCUCAGCAGAGUGAAGCCCUAGCACCACAGAGUCAGCCCCUAGCCAAGGUGGUUCCACUACUACCCCCAGUACCACAGAGUCAGCCCCUAGCCAAGGUGGUUCCAUUUGUACCCUCAGCCCGGCAGAGUCCUCCCCUGGCCCCCGAGAGUCAAUCUCCAGCACUGCAGAGUCAGCCCCUGGCCAAUGUGGCUCCACCAGUGGCCUCGGCACAGCAGAGCGAAGCCCUAGCAUCACAGAGUCAACCCCUAGCCAAGGUAGUUCCACUAGUGCCCUCAGCAGAGCAGAGCGAAGACCUACCCGGGGUGACUGCCAGUAGCAAAGCCCAUACCCAAACCACACUGUCCACAAUAUCUGGCAUGAUGUUUCGCAUCCCUGGCAAGGACGCCUCGCAGGCCGUCUUCAUCCCCGACAAGCCCCUGGGCAGCGCCAGCCCUUUCGUCGGCCAUCUGGUUCCCGUGCCAACAACGAGUGGACAUUCCGUCACCCUUCCGACGCCGCUGCCCAUCGUGUCCCUGAAAAAUGCGACGGCAGCGCCACUAGUGACAGCCUCAAGCGCGGCUGGUCCUCACGUCUCAAGUCAGGUUUCCUCUUCCUCCUCCUCCUCUUCUUCCCAGACCCCAGUUUCUGACACUGUGUGCACCACCCAGACUUCUGUCACGUCUUUGCCCCCUACCCAGGCCUCAGCUGCUCACUUGGCAUGCCAGCAGGUCACCAGUCUGCCACGAUUAGCCAAUGUGUCCUCUGUCAUUGCACCAGUUCAGGCCACACCUCGCGCCACCACGGCACCUGCUCACAGGCUCAUCUUACCCGCCCUGGCACCCAAGAAAACCAUCACCACCACCAGCACCUCAGCGUCCAGCUCCUUUCCCCCGUAUGCUGCACUUAACACGGCACCCAACCAAUCCACCACUGUCACCACUACCACCACUACCACUGCUGCUGUCUCCAGCUCCUACACCCCAUAUGCUACACUUAACACAGCACCAAACAAAACCAUCACCACCACCACCACCACUUCUGCCUCCAGUUCCUAUUACCCACACACCAUGCUUAACACGGCACCCAACAAAUCCAUCAUCACCAGCACCACUUCAGCUCCCAGUUCCUAUGUCCCAUACGCUGCAUUUAACACAGCAACCAACAAAUCCACCACCACCACCAGCGCAGUCUCCACUUCCUAUACCGCGCACACCACACUUAACACGGCACCCAACAAAAACACCUCAGUCUCCAGCUCCCACGUCCCUUACGCUACACUUAAAACUGCACCCAACAAAACCAUCAUCACCGCACCCAACAAAACCAUCAUCACCGCACCCAACAAAACCAUCAUCACCGCACCCAACAAAACCAUCAUCACCGCACCCAACACCAUGCCCCAGCUGAAGAUCCUCUUCAUGUUCCUGAACCAGAGCCGGGAGCAGGCCCAGGAGAAGCUGAUGAACACCCGCUGGAACUACAAGCCCGUCUUCACCUGCCGCCAUUGCGGCGCCGUAUUCCGCCAGCGCCCGUUGCUCCUGCUGCACCGCUACCGCCACCUGGAGGUGUGGAGGCGACGGUGGCAGCAGGCUCGACACCAGCAGCAGCAGCAGCGGCACCAGCGCCACUACUGCUACCACCACUGCAGCUGCCAGUGCGGCCGGCGCUUCCAGACGCUUCUCUACUUACUCCGGCACCAGCUGACGCACGCUGAGGCCACGCGGUACAUAUGCCCGCCCUGCGGAGACACCUUCGAGGGGGCACGACAGCUGGCCAGGCACAAGGCCGUCUGCUACAGACCCAAGAAGGCGCAGGUUAAGACAAAGCCAGAGGUGGAUCACACGUACUGCCUGCCACCCUUCAUUUAUGAACCAAAGAACAUUAAGGUGACGAGGAAGGUGAAAGGUCACUCGGGUGGCAGGGAGGCCUUGCCCUACAGACUUAGGAAGAAGAGAAAGAAAGGGAAGACGAAGGUGAAGGUGAAGGCUAAGUAUCACCCGGACUGUGGAAGGCCCUUCGUCUGUGUAUGUGGACUCCGGUUUGUCCGGCCGUCGGCCCUCCUGUGGCACAGGCUGAACAACAGCAGGAGACACAAGCACUGCAGAGCUCGGCAUGCUGAGACACUAACUGUGAGCGACCCUGAUGAAGCGUUGCAGUCUGAUCUGGUGCAACAGCAAACUCUGAGGAGUGAUGUAUGCUAAAUUGGUCGGAAAGUAAAACAAAACGAAUACAGAUCUAGAUGUUUACAUUUUUCUUCCCUUUUCUUUUUUUUUGUAUAUAAAACUAAAUCUAAAAAAAAUGUGAACUGAAUAAAUAAGAAAGUUUCUCACAA